AUGCCAUACCAAAAGCGUGGCGGUGGCCGUGGAGGCGGGGAUGGAAGGCAGCAACAGCAGAAGCAGGAUUCACAGCACCUCGGAGAUGGCUUCGACCAGGGACCCGGCCCGCAUGGCGGGCACGGCGGCGGUGGCCGAUCUGGUGGCCACUUGAGCGAGCAAGCGCUAAUCACGCUCAUUCAAGACAUCCAAGACUUGCGCAAGCGCGAAGACGCCAUGGCCACCUUGAGCAAACACCGCGACUCUGUGAAGAAGCUUGCGGUGCUGCUGUGGCACUCGUUUGGCAUUAUUCCCAUCCUGGUGGACGAAGUCAUCUCUGUGUACGAGCACCUGUGCCCCGAAGAAGGGUUGCAGUGCACCGCCUCCAGUCCCCGAGACCCGCACUCCUGCAGUGCACCGCCUCCAGUCCCGAGACCCGCGGCCUUUUCCUUGCCGAGCCCGAUGGUGCACGCGUUGGCACAGAGCCCCUCUGGUCGCCUCCUCAAGCACGUUGUCCGCUGCUACCACCGCCUCUCAGACAACCCAAGGGCGCGGGAUGCGCUGCGCUCGUGUCUGCCCGACAAGCUCAGGGACGGGACCAUCGAGAACACACUCAGGUCCCAGAAGGAUGAGCAGACGCUGGCUUUUCUGCAGAAGUUGCUUGUGAACCUUGGGCUUGCCAGCCCCUCAACGGUGCCCGCCCUCCCAACGCAGCAGCAACAGGCCCAGUAG